AGAAUAUAAUCCUGAAUACUCCUAAACCUACUCUUGUAAAUGCGCGGCCCAAGGGUGACUGUCGUGUAGUGUAGCAGUUUAGGGUUAACUUUAGGCCAGAGAUAAUACGCGCUGCUCUGUACAUUUUGUACUUUUCGUAUGUUCUGUUCCUAUUUCAUAUCCUGGUCAACUCACCAUAUAAGGAGUUGUUUUAUUAUACAUGAAAGAGCAGACCAUACACCCCCUAGAACAGGAGGAACCAGGAAUGUGGUUUCAGUGAAACUAGAAGGUACAGAGAAAAGCAAAAGAGUAUGUUCUCGCGGUUAUUGAACUGUGCAUAACUCCUGUGUGACCUUGAUACUGAGUGUGCAAAACACAUUCCAUAACUUUCUACUGCUGAUACUCCCUAUGCAGAAGUGUGUAUAUAUACGCCCUGACGCAGCUAUGUGUCAGGACACGCAGAGAAUAAACCAGAUCGAUUUAACUCAUGUGGUUCGCUCUCUUCUUGUCCUCGGAGAUCUCCUGGUAACGCAUCUGAACAGCACGCAGCGCAAUCUUAACAAUUUGGUGACCCCGACGUGAUACUCUCAAUCAGGGGAAGACAAUACACGUGGACGCGGUUGCCACAGGGUUUCAUUGACUCACCGGCGGUCUUCACUGCCGUAUUGCGGGACGCGCUGGCUGAUCCCUGUCUUCCCCGGGGCUCCACGGUGCUCCAGUACGCGGAUGAUCUUCUGGUAACGGCGGAGGAUCAAGACGCUUGUGCUGCCGCCACAUUGUCUCUCCUCACACUCCUGGCGCAGAAGGGUUUCAAGGUCUCCCGCACGAAGUUGCAGUUUUGCCUCACAACUGUUCGCUACUUGGGACAUGACCUCUCCCAGGGUUCCAGGAGGCUUAGCCCGGAACGCGUUCAAGUCAUUAUGGACACUCAGGUACCUGCAACCAAGCACGCUCUCAUGGCAUUUCUGGGCCUCAUCAAUUACUGUCGUCAAUGGAUCCCUGACUGUUCAAUCUAUGACAAUUGUUUGCGUUCAGCUAUAAGUCACUCAGAUCCUUUGACUCAGCCCCUGGUCUGGACUGAGGACAUGCUAACGGCCUUAAAGGCUCUGAAGCAAGCUUUGUGCUCCGCCCCUGCUCUCGGGCUGCCGAACUAUCGUUUGCCGUUUCACCUGUAUGUGUGCAAUCAGAAGGGGACCGCCUCUGGGGUGCUGGCUCAGGAGCACGGGGGGGGCAUGCGACCUUGCGCGUUUCUGUCUAAAACUCUUGACGCUGUGGCACAAGGGCUUCCUGGCUGUCUUAGGGCUGUUGCUGCGUGUGCUCUCAUGGUCACGGACGCUGAAAAACUUGUUUUGUCGCAUCCGCUCAUUUUACACACUUCACAUGACGUCGUGUACAUUCUGCGGAAUCUUAGCACUCAGCAUUUGUCUGCUCAGCGUCGCUCUGGCUAUGAGUUUAUUCUUUUGGCCACAGAGCAUCUCACUGUUAAGCCCUCCUCGUCGUUUGAUUCUGUCGCCCACGCUCUUCAGCGUCUUCUUAACUCACAGGAUGACGAUGUUGCGUUUGACUCACAUGACUGUCUUUCUAAUAUCGUUUUUGAGACUAGCAUCCGCCCAGACUUACACUCCACCCCUCUUUCCACAGGCGAUUCUCUUUUUGUAGAUGGUUCCUGUUCCCGCCCUGCGGAUGGUGUGUUCCUGUGUGGUUACUCUGUCUGUCGCCUCCCUGAUGAAAUUGUUGAAGCUCAUUCUUUGCCUUUUUCUUCUGCUCAGGCUGCGGAGCUCUAUGCUUUGACUCGCGCAUGUAUUUUGGCUCAAGACACAGACGUUACUAUUUACACCGACUCACGCUACGCUUUCGGCGUGGCGCACGACUUCGGCCGCAUUUGGGCGUCUCGGGGGUUUACGACAGCCGACGGUAAGCCCAUUUCUCAUUCUUCACUUGUUACUGAUUUAAUCACCGCCUGUCUCCUUCCGUGCACGUUGGCCAUUGUUAAGACACGCGCGCACACAAGAGGGGACUCAUUUGAAGUAAAGGGCAAUUCAUUCGCUGAUCGAGUCGCUAAAGCUGCAGCCGCAUCCGGUGUCCUGCCUCCAGGCUUUAAUUGCGCUUUAGUUUCUACUGAUCGCAUGGUUAGCGCUGUCUUACCUGACAUAGAUCUCAUUUCUAUCCAGGCCUCGGCCUCUGUGGCAGAUACACAGUUCUGGGACGCCCAGGGCGCGACAGAGAAGAGUGGCGUUUUGCUUGACGCACAGGGCCGUCUUUGUUUACCUCGUCACUGUACUCCCUUUCUCGUCCGCGAGUUCCAUGGUCCCACUCAUCGCGGCCGAAGAGGGGUAGUGGAGGAUAUGAACAGAACAUUCUGCAUCAAUAAUUUGCACACAGACGCACACAACAUUCUGGACAAGUGUUUAACGUGCGCCCAGAAUAAUCUAUCUAAACCAGGCGCGGUACAUCAGCACCUUCCCAUACCCGAUACGCCUUUCCAAGAAUGGCAGAUCGACUUCACUCACAUGCCAAAGCAGGGCCCGUUCAAAUACCUUUUGGUCAUGAUUGACAAAUUUUCACGGUGGAUUGAGGCUUUCCCGUGCAGCAAAGAGAACGCCCGAACAGCAGUGAACAAACUUACACAGGAAAUUAUCCCACGUUACGGUCUUCCGGUAGGAAUUGACUCUGAUAAGGGAACGCCGUUCACCUCUAAGGUAACGCAGGAGCUAUGUAAAGACCUCAAGAUCAAUUGGCGUUUUCAUAUCCCAUACCAUCCACAGUCCUCUGGCAUUGUGGAGCGUGCGAAUAGAACAAUUAAGGGUAAGUUGCGUAAGGCUAUGCAAGACGCAGGCACGAAAAAUUGGGUCCAAGUUUUACCGUUGGUCCUCGCUGAUAUGCGCAUGACUGCUCAGGUCGCUCUCGACAAUUUAUCUCCGUACGAGCUCGUCAUGGGACGCCCCUUUCCUGUCCCUUGGCGUAGAGGCAUGCAGGUUAUAGGAACGGGUGAUCUUGAAGUACAUCUCAGCGAGUACGCGGUGGGUCUCAUGCGGGUGCUGGAUGAGUAUUGGGCGAGAGUAAAUUCCAAAAAGCCUCCCAUUCCAGAGGCACACACUCACCCCUUUGAGGUAGGGGACAGAGUUUUAGUAAAGAGAUUCGCUAAACUAAACGCUCCCAUGGAGGAGUCACCCUACAGUGGGCCCACCGAUGUACUCGCUGUAACUCGCACGGCUGUACUAACGGACCUUUUUCCACAGUGGAUCCAUGCCAGCAGAAUAAAGAAGGCUCCAAUGUAAUAGAAAUCUAUAUUGUUGAUGCUUAACAGACUUUUGUGUUUCAGAAAGUUGCUGUGACAAUAGCUGACGGCCUUUUCAGGGAUCCCCUUCCAGCAUCUGGAGCAAUCCAGUUUCGGCUGAUCUACAAAGAGGGGAUGGUUGGUGAGUCUUGCAAAGUUCUGGGCUGAAGAGUCUGAAAAGCACGGGAGCCUGUGAUAUUUUUCGCCGUCUGCACCCUGUGAGCAUUAGAGAACAAAGUCAGUGACCAGUAUGACUUUCUUCAUCAUCGUGCUGAUCUCAACGCUUGGGGCAGGGUUACCCGCACAAGCAAUACACCGGGACCCAAGGGAUAACGAGUUUUGGAAAUAUAUAAACUUCACUGUAAAAACAUCAAUGAAUAUGAGUAUACCUUGUUAUGUGUGUUCUUUGUUACCCCAUGACAGCAGCGAUCCUUUUCCGGUCCGAAUAGCCCCAUCUAACUAUUCUAAGGUUAAUAUGACAUGGCUCAGCCUGUGGCCCUCGUAUACUCAAAUUAAGGUUUUCCUGACAGACAAUACAGACCCAGAGGUAAGGUUGUCAAUACACUGGGGUGUGAAUAAUACUCUGGGCUUGCGUCAGAGUAUUAAAGAGGGGAUUGUAAGAAUAUAAUCCUGAAUACUCCUAAACCUACUCUUGUAAAUGCGCGGCCCAAGGGUGACUGUCGUGUAGUGUAGCAGUUUAGGGUUAACUUUAGGCCAGAGAUAAUACGCGCUGCUCUGUACAUUUUGUACUUUUCGUAUGUUCUGUUCCUAUUUCAUAUCCUGGUCAACUCACCAUAUAAGGAGUUGUUUUAUUAUACAUGAAAGAGCAGACCAUACACCCCCUAGAACAGGAGGAACCAGGAAUGUGGUUUCAGUGAAACUAGAAGGUACAGAGAAAAGCAAAAGAGUAUGUUCUCGCGGUUAUUGAACUGUGCAUAACUCCUGUGUGACCUUGAUACUGAGUGUGCAAAACACAUUCCAUAACUUUCUACUGCUGAUACUCCCUAUGCAGAAGUGUGUAUAUAUACGCCCUGACGCAGCUAUGUGUCAGGACACGCAGAGAAUAAACCAGAUCGAUUUAA